AUGUAUUUCUCUCGAGUCUUUAUGGCCGCAGCCGCUGCUUUUGCGACCCUCGCCGUUGCUGGUCCUUCCUACCCAAAUUUGUUGGAUACUCGUACACCUAUGUGCUCCAACGGCCAAUCUUGCGAAGGUGUUAACUCCGACACCUGCUGCUACUCUGCUGAAUGUUGCUUUGUCUGCUCCGAGGGCAGUGAUGCCGAGUGUAGUCCAGAGAUCACUGAGCGCUCUAUUUUCACUGAGAUCGCGUAG